AUGAGUGAAGUGCCUGCGAAGGACAUGCUAACAGACGUGAAUUUAUUAAAGAUGUCGUCAACCAAACCUAUAACAAAAAAGGUGAUCAACAGCCCGGAGACAUGCGUGGAUGACAACCUGCGAGGUGUGAUAGCCACCUUCCCGAAGCUGCAGCUCCAUCCAAAGCACAGAGUUAUCACUGUUAGAAAUAAGACUGACACGGGGAGAGUGGCAAUACUGGGUGGUGGAGGUUCAGGACAUGAACCUUUUGCAGCCGGAUUUGUCGCCAAUGGCGGAGUGUUGGUGCUUAUCGGUAAUUACACUGGUGACAGACUAAACUUCGGAAAAGCUAUAGAAAAAGCUAAGAUAUCUGGAAUCAAGGUUGAAAGUCUGAUAGUGGGCGAAGAUGUAGCUUCAAGCGAAAACAAGACGGGUGGACGAGGAAUGAUCGCAGAAGUUCUUUGUUACAAGAUAUGUGGAGCGUUGUCUCAAAGACACUAUGAUUUGCCUACUAUUCAUAAGGUGGUUGCCGAGGCAGUUAAAUACAUGGCAACGUUAGGGGUCUGUCUCAGUGCCUGCUCAUUACCUGGCCAGCCUCCAUUAUUCGAGAUAGAACAUGAUGAAAUUGAGCUCGGUGCGGGAGUUCACGGAGAAGCUGGCAUCACCAAAAUGAAGAUGGGCACCGCUAAAGAACUGGUUUCGGUGAUACUUGAUAAGAUAGUUAAUCACUUGAAGCUGGCUUCAGGCGAUAGGGUGGUGGCGUGUAUCAACAAUUUAGGAGGAACAUCCAUUUUCGAGAUGAACAUAAUCAGUGCUGAGAUCAACAAUUACUUUGAGGACAAAAACAUGGUACUGGAAAGAAUAUACUCUGGACACAUCAAGAGCUCAUUAGAGAUGCACGGCUUCCAAAUCUGUCUGCUGCACCUCAACAAGGAGAACGGCGACUAUUGGCUGGAGCUCAUUGACGCGCCUACUGACAGUGGCGCGUGGAGUGUAGGUCCUUUGUCAGUCAGAAGUGAUGAACCACACGUUGAUGAUGACACCUUACUCACGACUCAUGGACGAAAGACAGCUACUGGACCAGCUUUGUUACCACUCCAUCAAGAAAUAUUCAGGGCCAGUUUAUCCGCUGCAGCUGAAGACCUGGUCAAGAACGAGAGCUUGCUCAAUAAACUGGAUUCAGGUUGUGGCGAUGGAGACUGCGGUACGACGUUCAAGAAUUUUGGGCAUGCCGUCCUGAAAUAUUUGACCACAGCCUCAAUGGAGUACCCAUCCGAUGUAUUGUGGGAUCUCUCUGAUAUCGCCGAGACAGAUAUGGGAGGGACGUCUGGAGGAAUUUACAGUUUAGGCUUGGCGGCCGCUUCGCAGACUAUGGCGAGUGCGAAAACAAAUGAUGUUGGGGCUUGGCUGCAAGCGUGGCAGGCUGCCAUAGAAGCCAUUUCUAAAUAUGGUGGUGCGGAUCCUGGGGACAGGACUAUGCUUGACACAUUACACGCGGGCGCGGAGGCAUUCAAAGAAAAAAUCCACGAGAACCUCAAUAUGUUGAUGAGAGAAACUGGGGCAGCUGUGGAAAUGGGAACCCGAGCUACUGCGACAAUGGUUGCAAAGGCGGGCCGCGCGUCGUACGUGUCGUCGAGUUACACGAAGGGCGAAGACGCAGGAGCGCGCGCGGCCGCCACGUGGCUGCACGCGAUAUUCGACUUUAUUCUCAACGCUAUGUGA